CUUGACAGUCUUGACACAACACGGCUUUGCGUCUUAGUGAAUAGUUUGACAUCUGUUUGACAAACAUAAUAUUGAAGACUGAAGAUAAUGGCGAAGGGUGCCUUUUUUCAUAUUUAGUGUUGAUUAUCAGGGAGUUUGUGCAUGCAGUGGGUGUUUUAGUGACCUAGUUGUAAGCGGCUAAAUUAGCUUCAGCAAUGCAAGGCCAAGAAGCUCCUCCGGGCUCCUCAGAUCACAGGUUAGCGCUCAUUCAUGAAAUGAGUGCUCAUAACUUUGACCUGAUUCGAUUUGCCUCAUACAGAACAGCCACAAAGCUGCGAUUUAUACAAAAAAAAGUCAGUUUACAUGCAGUUGAUAUAUGGAAUGUAAUAGAAGCAUUUCGCGAACAAGGGCUUCAUGCAUUAGAUCCAUCAUCCGAGCUUAGUGUGGCAAGACUAGAGACCCUGUUAUGUUCUCUGUAUCAUAGCUUAAAUAAAAGGGCGCCACCUACUCAACAGGCCCAUGUGGAUGUCUGUUCCAGCCUGUUGCUUAACUGGCUAUUAGCAGCUUAUGCCACAGUAGAUAAUGUUGGCAAAAUUCGAGUAUUUUCAAUUAAAAUUGCAUUAGCCACUUUGUGUGCAGGAAAACUGAUGGAUAAGCUAAGAUAUGUUUUCUCACAAAUUUCGGAUAGUAACGGUUUACUAAUACAAUGGAGAUUUAACGAGUAUCUUCAAGAAGUGUUGGCUCUGCCAGCCGCAGUUUACGAAUCCCCAACGUUUAGUUAUACCGAUACAUUAGCUGCGUCAAUUUUUAAUCCAAACACCAAAAUAACUGUCAAUGACUUUCUGGAUACCAUGAUGUCAGAUCCAGGACCCCCAUGUUUAGUAUGGCUUCCUUUGAUUCAUCGGAUUGCAAGUGUGGAAACUGUCGCACAUCCAGUCCAGUGUGAUGCUUGCCAAAGGGAAAAUUUCACCGGGUUUAGAUACCGUUGUCAGAAGUGCCCCCAUUACACGUUAUGCCAGGAUUGUUUUUGGCGUGGAAGAGUGACGGCUCCACAUAAUUUGGAUCAUCAAGUGAAAGAAUAUGCAUCGUAUUCGCCGAGCAAAACGAUCGGACAAUCCCUCAGAAAAUCGUUUAGAUGUGUGCCGGAUAAGCAAAGAAAUAAUUUGCCCAGAUUUCCGGAACAGCCCGAGAAAACUUUGAAUCUGUCUCAUAUCGUCCCACCAUCUCCUAUUCCAUCCCAUAAUGGCUUUCCCGAUGGUCAAUUCAGUGCUGGAUUUGACGGAAUGGGCAGUUUAGACAGCCGAUCGACUGCUCGAAGUCUUGAUAGUGCUAGAGAUGAUGAACACCGCCUUAUAGCACGGUAUGCAGCCAAACUUGCCCAAGAGGCUCGAGGAGGAAUGCCGCGAAGUGCAACGUACCGAAAAAAUUCACUGUCCCCAGAUGGUUUAACGGGAAGAGUACCUUCAGAAGCGUGUUUAGGGAUGGAUUCAACUAGAGCCCAAAGAGAGCUGAUUAAUCAGCUGGAGUCAAAAAAUCGUGAAAUAAUGCGGGAAAUCGCCAGAUUAAGAAGACAGCAGGAGUUAGAAUCGAGUCACAGUGCAGAUAAUCCGGUUUUGAUGAGUGAACUUCGGGCAUUACGUUUGCGCAAGGAUGAGUUAGAAACUCACUUAAUCACUCUCCAGGACUCUCGGAGGCAACUUAUGAUACAACUCGAAGGAUUGAUGAAAAUGUUAAAAAACCAUCAAUCUUCCCCAAGAAGCACCCCGAAUUCAUCUCCAAGGAGCACGAAAUCGCCGCCUCUUCCACCUGGAGCAGUUCCUGUCACUCAGGCUAAUCCCAGGAGUGCUCCUCAGACUCCGAUGGGGAUGCCGCCUUCUUCUAGUGCUACGAUGGUAAAUUCCAUAUCUCCCAUCGGAGGGGACAGGGAAAGAUUGGAUCGAGAAAGGGAUAGAAGAGAUAUUCCGUUGGGGUUGGUUCAACCAUUGGGUGCGAUGGUAGGAAGACCUGAACCUGUCAAUGCUGUACCACCAGAAAGGAACGAGAGAAGUGAGAGAAAUAUGCAAAAUGUCAAUAACGAUGCAUCUUUGAUGGGGGUAGGAGGCGAUGUUAGGAAUGCUUUCGGGGGUGGUUCGAACGUCAAUAUGGGUUCUAAUGGAAAUGGAACGCCAGGCUCCGUAGGACGUUCGCUACGAAACGAUCUAUUGGUAGCUGCUGAUUCAGUAACCAACGCCAUGUCUACGUUGGUUAGAGAGUUAAACUCAGAAAGCUCAGGCCAUCUACAGACGAAUACGGCCAGAAAAUCUGUUAAUUUUGAGGACGACGGUGAAGAUGAAUCGGAUGGUGGUUGGCAGCAGGAGUUACAGCGCCGAUAUAUGCAAGAUGCAAAUUUUAUGGCAGAGUUGCGAGCCAGGCAUCCUUCAAGUCCACCAGAAACGAAUCAAGGUUAUCCGGAUAUACCAGGUUUUCCUGGUCAAAACUACAUCCAUGGACAGAAUUUUAAGAUGCAGGGGAUCUGCUAUCCGCAGAAUAGCGGGCAGAAGAAUUAUACCGCCGAACAAAUGCAAGACCAUUUUGGGCAACAGUACUCGAGGCAGGAUAACCACUCCGGGCAAGAGCCGCAGCACAGCUUAGAAUGCCAGUUAGAAUCUAACGAGCAUGAAGAAGUGAGAAACAAAGAAACAAUAGAGUUCGAAGAGGCUCUAAAACAGUGGGUAAACCGAUAAAGCUUUAGCUAUGAUUAAAUAGUUAGGUUCUUUAUAAUGUUCAAAUAAGUUCUUACAUAUUCAACUUUCCAAACGGGGUAUACACACUUUAAAACCAUGUAUGAAAUAAUAGCAAAGUUUACUCAAUCAAUGGUUGCAAAUACACUAACUGCACUGAGAUAAUGUAAGAAUUUAUUAGAAAUAUUACGUUAUAAGUAUACUUUGCAAGGGAAAAUAGUAUUGAAAAGACACGGAUUUUUCGGCGUUUGAGUCGGUUUAUGAGAAUAAUUAGUUGGAAGAAAAGGUAUAAAAAUUCUUGACAAGGUUGGUUCAUGUUUACACGAGCACGUUGUUGCAUAACAGAAAUAAAUAAACGAGAAAACUGCCAGGUACCAUAAUAGAUCAGGAAAUUGAAACAAAAAAAUGUUAUAAAAUAUGUUUUUGACGAAGUGUUCAAAAGUAUUGAACUGAAUAUUUGUAUGAAAAAUAUGUUUACACGUUAUUUUUAUGUUGACUUUUGUAUUUAUCAUGUAUUUUGAGCUCAACAGGUAUUCUCGUAAUUUUUUGUGUUCCCUUUUGGACAACUGAAAGCGCAUUUAAAAAAACAGAAAACCAGACUAGCACUGAGACAAAAUAAAGACAAAAAAAUUAGAGUUUAUUCUACAUGAACAAUUGAGGUUUCAAUUUGGACAACAAACUUGUUCGGCUUCGCUUCGCUUUACGUCGCUACAGCGUUCAUUUGCCUUUAUAAUUUCUUUCCUCUUUGAGAUAGUAUUGAUCUAUCAAUAAGUUGAAUAAAUACGUACAAGUUUCAUGGAUUUUAUAAUGUUUUUAUAAAUUGGGUCACUACUCAUGAGAAGUUAAAAGCUUAAAAAUUUUUUUAAAGCGAUUGAUUAAUGCAUUUGAUAGGGAAACAUCCUGUAUUUUCCAGAAAGAAUUUGACACAAAUUCGCACGUUAAUCUAUGCGAAAAUCGGUCUUUUGAAUUCUAUUUGAAACUUGACUUAAUUUAACACAUUUUUAUUAGCUGCACUCUAGUAGACGACCAACCUACAAGGAAGUUUAACAUUUGAAAUGGCGAAAUUACCUUUCUCAUAUUGUCUUCCAUUUUUGGUUUGGACAACCCUAUGCAUAACUAUUGUUACGUGUAUAUUAUAUGUGUACUUGUAUCAGGUUUUUUAUAGGUACUCAAUAUUGAUGUUUCCGUAUAGUUUGUUCUAUUUACCAUGCAUCAAUUACUUGAGCGCAUCUAUAAAUACUGCAUAUAUCUUACAUUGCAUUAUCAAAGAGGCGUAAUCCACUCAAUCCCAAAAUCUUCAUCAUUGACAUAUUUAAAAUUCGAUUUAACACUCAAAAAUGAGCUGUAAGUACCGAUAAAAUGUUGCUUAUCGCUUCUACUUCCUGAAAUCUAAAUUUAAACAUUGUCUACAUCUUAUAUUUCGUUAGCGAUGCCUUUGGGGUGUCAUGUCAGGAAGUUUUUAUUCUAUUUACGAAUGAAGUUAUGCAACUUAACUUUAAAUCAACCUGUUUAUUUCUUAAAUAACUUAAUAUAUUGACCUGACCUGGCCUGACCCGAAUUCAAAAAUGUACCAUUGCAGUAGAAAGUCAAGAAAACAUUCCACAAGUUCUGUAUAAGCAUGUAGGAUGCUUUUAAUAAUUCUCGUGUGUUUAUUGCAAUAUUUUUAUUAUUAGACCUAAUUUUAUUUACUUAGACCCCUUUUAGAAAGUUUCUGUCUAUGGAAGGGUCUAUGAAUGAAGUCUUGAGGGAUUGGUGCAUGAUUAUUUUGAUUUUCGGCCUAAUGUUAACAAAAAAUAGAUAUAACUAAUAGUAAUAACUAAUCAUGAUAUCUAAAACGGCAUUUAAAUAAGAAAAAAAUUAGCAAACUCAUUAAAGCAUAGUGCUUAGUUGUAAGUAUACUCAUCCAUUUUGACGUUUCAUAUCAAUUAGAUGUAAGAAAACGCUUCUUUAUUAAUAUUUUUACAGUGAAUCGAAUGAAACUAGUACAAUUUUAUUUACUAAUAGUCCUACAUCCGUAAAGUAAUAUAGUGAAACAAGAUAUAGGAGAUAAUACAUGUAAUAAUCAUCGGGCUUUCUAGUGAAAUCCUUCCAUAAAUUUAUAUGUUGGAAUCUGUCCACGAUUUAAAAACUAGAAUUCUCUUUUAUUUAAACUAGUUUUUUAUGUAUAAUUAUUCAAAACAUAGUGACAUGUUCACUAAUCCGCCAGCCAUAACUUUGUAAUUUAUUUAUACCUUUGAACUUGACAAUUUACUUCAGACCCGGAUGUUGUAAUUUCCGAAUUUUUUUGUGAAAAACCCUUUUUAUUAGUGGUUAACAUUUCGAGUAGCACAACAGUUUACUAUCGGUAUGAGCAGUUUUCAUGCGUCGGUAAUUAUUUAUAUUUGUGUUUAUUUGAAUAGUUCCUGACGUUUAAAAUAGGCUUAGCAGGAUAAUAAAUACAAAAAUUAAACUUUUUUGAAAUAUAUACUAAACUAAAAUAAACUUUGUAUAUUUACAAAAUACCAUUUGUACAGAAAUAGCGACUAAAAAAGAACGUUUAUAUAAAAAUGAUGUGGUUUUGGUUUUGUUUUAUUUUAUUUAAAAAAAUUAUAAUAAAGUUUGCUUUUGUUGCGUCCCCAUAUUCAAAUUACGGUAUGUCCAGAACCAUUGAAUUAAUUCACAAAGUAUGUUAUAUAAAAAAUAAUUCGAAUUCAAUGUAGAACCUGAAUCUGGACUAAAAAGUAAGCUGUUCCAUUUAAAAAAAAAUAAACCUGAGUGUCAUAACUUUAUUUUGAUCUACCCUAUAUAGUUGAAAGUAACAGAAACAAAUACUUUGGCGACAACCAUAACACUUUUAUAUGAACGUUUUUUUUUCAGUUGCUAUUUCUGUACGAUCUAAAAACGAUCCGUCUCGCUUCGCGGACUCACCCUGUAUACGCAGCUACUUCAAAGGGCGAUUACGAAUACAAAAACGAAACAUCCAUUUCGGGGCUCUAUUUGUUCGUAUUCAAACGUAAUCUUUUCGCAUAAUUAUUCGAAUAAAGCUGGUUGCGGGGCAUGGAUUGGAAAGAGAAUCAAACGACCUUUUAAAAAAGGUGUUUGAACAUGAGUUUCAGUAUUCCAUUCACUUUAAGUGAAUUUUUUCCAAACCAAUAACAAAUUGUUGGAAAACUUCAAAAUAAGUGCAGCAAAAUUAUUUUGGUUUUGUCUCGUACUUUGAAGCGUUUCAUUUAUUUCAUAACUCAUCCCUUCAUCCCGAAUAUCAGUUGUAAACGUUUUUGGACCAAAGAAUGCUUUAUAAUAACUUCUAAUCUUGAUAUUGACCUUAAUUAUUUUGUCUACUCUAGAAUAUUUUAUUAAUUAUAAGCAAAACCCUCCACUCGAAUUGUAAUAAACUAAGAAUACCAAAUGUUACAUUCGAAAGCAUUUUCUAUACAACAGAUGUCUCAUUGAAGGCGGGAAACUAAUCUAUUCUGCUAAUAGAAAUUGAACAAAAAUACUUCAAAUAUGAAACCAAAUAUAAAUAUUCAUCAGCAUAAAAGAUAUGUUCAUUAAGGUAUAAUGAUCCCAUGAAUAUUUAUAUACAUUUUUAAACUGAAAAAAUAUUUUAUUUAGCUUGUAAUCGAAGAAUUCAAGUGGUGAAUUUGUUCUUAGUGAGACACUCUGUAUAAUCAAGAUGAUCAGCAAAGAUUGGUGUAAACUGUAGACAUUCUUUCACCGAAACAUAAUUAUUUGAUUUAUUUCACUCUAAACUUAAUAGUUACAGAGCGUUAAUGUUUUAAGAUAGUUCGAGUUUUUUACAGAUCUAAAAAAUCUAUCUAAAAAAACAGAUUUUUUUAAGCUAACAUUUUAACAGAUUAUUUGAAUAUUGAAAAACGCCACAAUGUAAAUUGCUUUAGAACCUGUGGUUUUAUAGUUGAAUUAUUUUAUCUGAAAAUCUAGCAUUUCCCAGCGACAAACAACGGAUUUUAGAUAACUAUAUUUUUUGGAAGUGGAUAUCUAAAGCACAUUUGCACCAUUUUUUGCUGGACUUUAACUUUUUCUAUUUAUUAUUAGAUUAAGUUCCAUAUAUGUAGUAAUUAAUUUAUGUAAUAGCAUACGAUGUAAACCUAGUCAAACUAACUACAGAUAUUCAAAUUUAUUUUUGUUGCUGUAGUUAUAAGGCGUAAUUUUAAGGCAUUAUAAAAAGUAAUACUGUAAAAUUAUGUUUGUUUAUAUUUGUAAAUUUUAAUGUGUUUCAACAAAGGUUAUGUACAAAUAGUACCUACUUUGACUGAAUCAACUAUAGAUUAAUAGCUCUCGAAUUGUUAAAGUUUUACAUGUUAUACUGUAGUUCCGAAAUAAAAAAAAGCAGUUUAAACAUUA